AUGAAGGUCAACGCCGUUCUCCUGAUCGCCGCCGCCUCGGCCGUCAUCGCCGCCCCCACUCCCGCCCCAGCUGCUGAGGCCGAGGCCCAGGGCUACGGCAACUACGGCGACUACAAGGUCACCUCUUACGGAUCGUACGGAACCUAUGGCGGUGUAACCACCCCCAACCCCAACCCCCCUGCCGGUGGCAACUACGGCGACUACGGCAAGUACGGCAGCUAUGGCGCCUACAAGCGCGCUCUCGACUGGGUCAAGUCCGUCUUCGCAUAA